GGGUGGACAUCCAAGGUAGAGUCAGCCCAAAAUAGUCAAUCUUUAAACACUGUAUCAAAUAAAGAUAAAGAAAAUCAACAGACUUCAUCAAUAAGUGUAGAGCCAGCAAGUACUCUUAGUCAGAAAGCUCUUGCAGUUGAUCUUAACAAAAGUGAAAAAAAUUCGGAGGAUACCAACAGAAAAGAUAGAUUUCCCUUACGAAAGAGUUCAUCUCUUGAUUCUGUUAGUAUCCAUAAAAUUAACCCCUCUCUUCGGAUAUUAAAACGUUCAUCUUCUGCUUCAGAUAUAGAAGAAAAGGCUGCAGCAGUUCAGAUCUCUUCUUUCGAUACACAUAAUUCUUGUUUUGGGAAUAAAGCAAUUUUAACUAAAAAAUCCUCAUUAUCAAAAAUAGAAGAAGUUAAAGAAAUGCCUGUUGAUAUGGAUCAUCGUUCUUCUGAGAAGUCUCAGUUCUCUAGCAGUGGGGUUCAAUGUCAAAUGAGUCAAGAUCUAAAUUUAGAGUUGGAUGUUUUUCAAACAAAUGCUGCUUUGUCUAUACCUUCCUCUAAUUUUUCUAAGGAAAAAGAAUCAAGAAAGAUUUGGAAUGAAUUUUCUCCUACAAGGAAAAGUAAAAAUGAUUGUUUUGACAAUGCAGGUCUUUCUAGAGAAAUCCUAACAGUAAAAUCUAAAGUUGAUGCAGAUGAAAGUUAUCUUUCUCAACCAGUUCCGUGUGCUCAGCCCAUUCCUGAAAGUUUACACCUUGAAAAGGAACUUGUUUCUGACCAAAAAGAAUGUGCACCUGCACAGAACAAGAAUUUUAGCUCUUUUUCUAGAAAUGUACCAAGUCCAUCAGACAAAGCUAGCUCCAAUCUUUCCGGAAAACGAAAACGUAAAUCAAGGUCAGAGAAAUCAAAGAAACACAAAGGCAUAAAUGCGGAACAUGUUAAAAUAGAGUACUCAUUGGAACAGAUUAAGAAUAUGAUUGAACUUGUGAAGGUUUUGCAUAAGUAUUGAGCUUAGCAUAUAUAUUAAUAUAUAUCGUUUGAAAGUAGACAAAAGUUUCUCUUACUGAUUUAUUGCAAACUUAUUAUUUUUUUUAAAAUGACUGCAAUAUAUUUUCAAAACCUUCCUUAGUGUGAGAUUCUAAUGAAAGCAACAUUAUUCUUUUUGUUAUUGCACAUUUUUUUAAUAAAAACUUAUUAGUCUCUUAAACAGCAGAAUUUUAAUUAAGUUGUGUUAUCUAAGUUUUCCUUUAGACUAUUGUGGCAUUAUAUUAAGCAGGUUUUUCUUUUUACGUAUCUAUUGAGUCAUUAGUGAGUCUCUUUAAAAAAAAAAAAAAAAAGGGAUAAUAUUGAUCCACAUUAAUUUUGUUAGUUUUUUUCCCUCCCUUUUCUAAACAUCUAGCCGAGAUUUAUUUAAGAAAAUUUAAAGAUUGGGCAUAAAUCUUUUAUAUAAAUACUAUUGCUGUAUCAUAACUAUGAAAAUAUUUAAAAUGUUUCAGCUACAAAUUUUUAGAAAAUGUUUAAAUUUUCUUUCUAAGAAAUGAUUUGUAAUUUCAAACAUCAAACAUGAAUGUAAAAAAUUAAUAAAAACCUAAAGAAAU